GGCGCCUCGUUUAAAGUUUCCGGUUCAUGAUAGCGUUCAUAAAAUAUCUUCACCGGGUGUAUCACAUGUUCUUAUUUAUUGUAAUGUAACAAGUAUUCUAGUAGUGCAUGCUAUCUACAAUUGUUUUCCGGUGCUUUAGGUGCUCCUCUCCUUCUGAUCUUCUAGCUUCCAAUGUUUGUUUGUUUUUUGUAUAUUUAAUUAAUUUGCAUUGAUUACAGUUAAUCGAUUUUAGGUAACUGAAGGUGUUGUUUUUUUUACAAAUCCUUUCUUUUCUUUUGUUUUUAAACCAUGUUGACGUCUCGGCUUCUUUUAUUGUUUUUAUCGAAAUUACAAGGCUUUUAUGGUCUAUGUUUUAUUUGAACACCUUUACACUUACAUCUGUGUAAGUUUUCAAGACAACUAAUUCUAUUUUAAAUGCCUUGAGUUCUGUUUUAAAAAAAAAUUCAUAAUAUCAUAUUAUAUGAAUAACUUUUACAAUUAUCAUCAUUAUUAUUACUACCAUUACUUUUACUCCUACUGUUGUUAUAAAUGUCUGAUAACGGUAAUAAUAAUAACAGCAACAGUUAUAACAGUCAAUGUUUGCCUAAUUCAUCCGCGUCUAUUUCUACUUCGUCAAUGAGUCUAAGUAUUAUCACUCACCUUCAACAAGAACAUGAACAACCACAACAGCUUACACACUCAAAUAUAGUCAGUGAUCCGCAUAGUUGUUCUACUGAUGAAUCUAAUUCUUCGAUUGUUGAAACGAAUAACCAUAAUAAUAAUAACAAUAAUAAUGCCAGUGCUAAUGGAAGACUUCUGCCUUCGGUAACCUCCAAUGGGAAUUGUUAUUCAUCGUAUAAAUCUACUAUCCAUGAUACUAGUAGUAAUAGUAUUUUCAAUCCAAUAACACAAACCCAAUUCUCCAGUGAUUCAGAAUGCAGAAAUCCACCGUAUCGGCAUAGUCAACAGCAACAGCAACACAACAGCAGCAACAACAACAACAUCGACAGUUACACGAAUCACCCGGUGAAAAUAAUUCAUCAGCCCAGUUAUUAUUAUUACCACCAAGUUUUAGAAUUAAAUGUGAAGCAGAGAGUGAUUUAUCUCCGACUGGUGGUGGUAAUUCUUCUGGACAAUCUGCAUCUAUGUCUAAUUCAUCUACCUAUGAAAUAAUACAUAAUUAUAAACCGAUUAUAUCAGAAGCUUUCUCAGGGAAAUAUGAAUCAUUUGAAGAGCAUGAAAUGAUUGAUGAUGAACAAGGUAUUGAAAAUCAGGAAUUUAAUGCUACAAAUGUAACUCUACAGUUACAGUCUCAUAAUAAUAAUAACAAUAAUAAUGCAGGGGAAUCUGUCUCAUCAUCUCAGUCAACAAGAUAUGCAGGGCAUACAUCUCGUGAGCAAUUAUCACUACCUCAGGUUAAUUUAAUUAACUCUUUUCGUUCUGAUAAUCUAUCUAUUCGUGGAUGUAAUAAUCGUUUAUCAAGUAUAUCUCCGUUGGAUAUCAUACCUCAGGGUCAGUCGGAUAAUAAUAAUAACAAUAACGCAGGGGUUAUUAAUACAUCAUCUGAUUUUACAGCCGAUUCUCUUGCCUUCAUCAAUACAUCCUCAUCGUCUGCAGGGCGUAUCAACGCGUUCAAUUCCAAUGAACAUAUACUGAAUACCAGCAGUACUACGUCAACUACUGUUACUUCUACACCGGAAUUCACUUGUUUCUAUCCAAAUACAUCAUCAUGUGACCCAAUAGCUAAACGUUUCACGCCUAAUGGACAUGCAUCAUGCACGAAUUUCUCUAUAGCUGAUCAAUCUGAUUCAAAAAUUGUUAUUGGUCUUAAUCCUUUAACAAAAGCACAUCGAUUAUGUUAUCCAUAUGAUGUGUAUGAAUCAUCAAAAAGCGGUUUCAAAGAACAUUCAAAUAAUAGUAACAAUAAUAAUACUAAUACUGGUAAUAACAAUAAUAUUGAUCGAACACCUCAGCCUAGUCCUUCACCGAAUCGUUUGAAAAAUAUCUUGAACAAUACAUUUUAUGAUCGUACUGGCAAUAUGAAUGGAUCUAAUAAUAGUGCUUUAACAACACCUAUCACUUCGUGUAAUGAUGAAGCGGUGAAUCUAGUUACUGAUGAUGAUUUAGAUCAAAAGAAUUUUCUGCAUUGUAAUGAUGUUCAACUACCAGGAUUUAAUAGUCCUGAAUCAGCUUUCUAUCAGUAUCAGAAUAGAAUGGAGGGUCAAAGAUGUCAGGUGUGCGGUGAAUUAGCCGCUGGAUUUCAUCAUGGUGCAUAUGUAUGCGAAGCGUGUAAAAAAUUUUUUAUGCGUCAUUCAAUGGCCGAUACAAAACCAACAAAUGUUUGUCCAACUGGUGGGAAUUGUAUUGUCGCUAAAGGAAGUCGAGGUAAAUGUCAAAUAUGCCGAUAUCGUAAAUGUCUAUUAGUCGGUAUGAAAAUGAAAGAUCCAGAAACUCAAUCAGAAAUUGAUAUAUCAAAUAUUCCUUGUCGUGUAUGCGGUGGUCGAUCGUCUGGAUUUCAUUUUGGUGCUUUGACAUGUGAAGGAUGCAAAGGUUUCUUUCGUCGUACUGAAGGCUCAGCUAACUCGUUAGUCUGUGUUGGUGGACAGAACGCGUGUACAAUAACUCCACGAAGUCGAAAUGCCUGUAAAAGUUGUCGUUUUCGUCGAUGUUUAACUGCUGGAAUGUCUAAGAAAGGCAGUCGAAUUGGUCGUCAACCGAAUGCAGUGAAAUUUCAUUGUGCCAUUGAAAUUCGUCAAUUACAAGCCAUAAGAGGCAAUUCUUCUUCAUCAACUUCAAUGGAUGCUUUAUCACCUGGACAAAGUUCUUCAUCAUGUGUUGUCUACAGUAGUGGGGCUGGUGGUGGCGCUGUUGGUAGUGGUGGUGGUGGUGGUCAUCAGUAUGUGACUGUAGGUAGUGGAGGCAGCGGUGGUCCCGGUGGUGUUGUCAGUAGUUCUGAUAUCCUGUUAAAUAAUAAUAAUAAUAAUUCAACAAAUCAUUUUCGUCAUCUUAGUCAAAGUGAUGAGAAUAACUGCUGUAGUCCUAAGUAUAGUCCAGAUACAAUGACUCCGACGAAUACCUCAUCGGCAUCUUUGAAACACGAGGCAUUAUUAUUGUCAUCAUCAUCAUCUAAUGAUUGUGGAAAGUUGAGUCAAGCGUCUCAAGCGCCACCAUUGUCCUUAUUAUUCUUUCUGCCUCAAUCCUCAUCAUCGACGUCGUCAUCCGCGGCAGCAGCCGCAGCAGCCAUUGCAGCUUCCUCAGCUGCUUCAUCUAUGCCUGGUUUAAUGAACAAUCAUAAUCGAUUAUUGUUAGAUCAUAAUAGUGAAGAUAUUGUCAAAUGUACUACACAGCUAUCACCGAGCUGUUAUACACUUGUUAAUAAUAAUAGUAAUAAUAAUGAUUGUGAGGAUUCCUUGACUGCUACAUCUGCAGCACACUCAAUGAAAUUGGAUGAAUCUAUUCUCGAUGAAGCAUCGAUUAAUUCGUAUCGUUUAUCAAACAGUUUAAAAUCACAAUUAUUAUUUAAGAAUAUACAAAUGAGACCAUCAUCAUUGAUGAAUGAUUCUUCUCAACUGAUUCGACAUUAUUCAAAUGGUGGACGUUCUGGUAUCUAUGAUGCUUUAGAAUGGCAUGCAUUGAAUCGUAUUAAUGACUCUACAAUAGGGAAUAAUAUUAAUAAUAACAAUAAUAACAAUGGUAAUCAUAAUAGUGGUGAUCGAAACUCAGGUUAUGAAAUGAUAAAAUCAAUUCCACACCAUCAACAACAACACCACCACCACCAAGAACAACAGCAACAACAAGAACAACAACAGUCGUCAUCUAUGUCAGAAUCAUCUAAUGCCUUUUGUACAUCACGUUUACUUGAUGAUAAAAUUUUCUCUUAUUCUCAGGAACAACAACAACAACAACCAUCACAGCAAACACAACCAACAUCACAACAGCAACAGCAACAACACCAUCAAUCUCCUAAAUCCGGUGUCAAUCAUCCUCUUCAUCAUAAUUCUUCUUCUUCGUCAGUCUCUCAGCGAUCCUCUUCUUCUACUUCUUCUGCCGUUUCUAUUUUCUCACCAGUCUCCUCUUCUUCAACUUUACCUCAGGUGGAUUUGUGUAAAUCAUCGAGUGAAUCGGCUGCUUCUAGAACGACAGUCUCUUCGGGUGGAUAUGCUUCAAUGACAUCGACGACAAGUACAACUUCUCCUAGUACUACGACUACUACAACUACUGCCUCGACCACCGCUACGACUGCUCUUACUACUUCUGACACUACAACUAGACCAGUAGUUGUCACUGUAUCUAAUGAAAAUAUAACAACUAAUAGUCAUCAGUUUAUAAGCUUUGAUGAUCCAUCCUUUUGGGAUGAUACUGAUGAAAUCCUACCACCGAUUAAUCCAACACCUGAAGCUGUUUUACAAUUCACUGACGGGAUGCGUACAGCAACAGAAUUCUUAAGAUUGCCUAAUGCAUAUUUUAAAACACGUUUUCGUAUGACGUCAAUACCACCGGAGCAUCAAGAUAAUAUUAAUCAAGUAUGGGGUCAUAUGAUGAAUCACUUUCAUAUGCAUGCUCAACAAGUUGUACAAUUUGCUAAACUUGUACCUGGUUUUAAUCAAUUAGGCAUUACAGCUAGAAGUAAUCUUGUUCGUGAAGCAAUGUAUCCAGUCCUACUAUUACUCCUCAGUCGAGAUUAUUGUCCUGAAACUGAUGAAUAUAAUUAUUUUGAUUUCCCAUUAAAAGAACGUGAAGUGAUUAUGCGACAUUUCCCGUCGUUUAAACGAAUAACUGAACAUUUACGUGUCUCUGGACGAUUAAUGCAUCAUUUAAAUUUAAGUCUACCAGAAUUAUCAUUAUCUUGUGCUGCAGAAAUAUUACGCAAUUAUUGUAUACUGGAGGAACCAACUUCAAAGAGUACAGCUGAAUUAUUUGUACUGGCUCAUCAUAGCCUGUUAAGUUGUAUGGCAAAACGCUCUUUACCGUCAAAUGGUGAUGCUAUCUCAUCGAAACAAAGACGAACUCAGCUGUUGGCACUCAGAAAAAUGAUACGCGUUAUGGAUAAGGAACAUCAUAAAAUUCUUGCUGAUUUAAAGGUUGUCAGAUCCGAUCUUCGAUUUCCUGAAUUAUAUGUGGAAAUGUUCCAAUUGGCCGAUAGUGCCUCAGCAUUAUUCUCUGCCUCUGCUCAAGCUGUUACAUUGGCAUGCUCCGGUGCUCUACAAUCCUCGUUAGUCUCCUUCCAGGGUGGUUGUCAGCUGACAUCAACAGCAACCACAUUGUCGUCGGCGGCGUCGUUAUCCUCCGGUUCCUCGUCGGCGUCUUCAUCAUCCUCGUCAUCGUCAUCAUCAUCAUCAUCAUCCUCUUCUUCUUCUUCAUUUCACAGUGCUGUAUGUGGUGAUAUGACUACGGGGAAAACCAGCGAAUCAGUGACGGUGGUAACCAGUGGUGAUUUUGUCCCAUCCAAUGAUCGUUGGGAUGCAAGUCGACUAGCUUUAUCUGUUCCCGCUGCUGCUGCUGCUGUUGCCGCUGUGGCUGCUGUCGCUGCAGCUGAAGCGACAUUAUGCCAAGGCAAUCAUCACCAUCCUCAGCAUCCUCAUCAGCAGCAGCAAUCAUUGCUCUCAGGAUCUUCUGCAUUUUCACAAUUCCCUACAACUAAUCUAGUUGGCGUCGGUGUCGGUGUCGGUCUCGGUGGUGGCAGUAGUACUGGGCUAUCGAAUUGUCUUAAUUCAUGUCAGAAAAGACCUAAAAAUGAUGGAAACCAUCACCACCACCAUCACCAGUUGGCUAAUGCUGCUACAAACUUUAUAACAACUCCGCCAUCUUUAUUCUUUACUACUAGCCAACCGCCUCAUCCACAGCCACCGCCACCAUCAUCAUCAUCAUCUUGAUUCUACUUGCCGCCUCUGCCUCUUCCCUUAACACUUACUACUUAAAAAGAAACCCCACUCCGGUAUACCCAACAAAUUACCAUUCAAUAGGCUACCUGAUGAAUAAGCUACCCUUACCCACCUUUCUUCAACUUCUUUUUACUAUUAUUACUAUUACUAUUAAUAUUAUUAUUAUUGUAUCAUUGAUAACACAGCAGUAAAUGCGCCAAUCAGGUUUUAUUU